AUGACGAUUGCGCAUGGAAAUUUGCGGGCGUUCGACUUUAGACUUCUCUCUCUAUCCCUCUCGUUGUCUCUCUUCAUUGUCGCGUCCUCCACCAAAGUAUUCUUCGAGGAGCGUUUCAAUGUUGGAUGGGAGAACCGGUGGGUCAAAUCCGACUGGAAGAAAGAGGAGAAUUUGGCUGGAGAGUGGAACUACACCUCUGGAAAGUGGAAUGGGGAUGCAAAUGACAAAGGUAUCCAGACCAGUGAAGAUUUAAGGUUUUAUGCAAUCUCAGCUGAAUUCUCCGAAUUCAGCAAUAAAGAUAAAACAUUGGUUUUCCAGUUUUCUGUCAAGCAUGAGCAGAAGCUCGACUGUGGUGGUGGAUACAUGAAGUUACUCAGUGGCGACGUGGACCAGAAAAAAUUCGGUGGUGACACCCCUUACAGCAUCAUGUUCGGACCAGAUAUUUGCGGCUACUCCACAAAUAAGGUUCAUGCUAUUCUGACCUACAAUGGAACAAACCACUUGAUCAAGAAGGAUGUUACGUGCGAGACUGACCAACUGACUCACGUAUAUACUUUCAUACUUCGCCCAGAUGCUACUUACAGCAUCCUUAUUGACAACUCCGAAAAGCAGACAGGUAGCUUAUACACUGAUUGGAAGCUUCUCCCUCCAAGGAAGAUCAAGGACCCUACAGCCAAAAAGCCCAAGGAUUGGCAAGAUAAGGAGUUCAUUAACGAUCCAGAGGAUAAGAAGCCAGAGGGUUAUGAUGAUAUCCCAAAAGAGAUUGAAGAUGCUGAAGCCGAAAAGCCUGAAGACUGGAAUGAUGAGGAGGAUGGACAAUGGACUCGUCCGACUAUCCCCAAUCCAGAGUACAAGGGCCCAUGGAAGCCAAAGAAAAUCAAAAACCCGAACUACAAGGGCAAGUGGAAAGCACCAAUGAUUGACAACCCAGACUUUAAAGAUGAUCCAGAUCUCUAUGUUUUCCCUAACUUGAAGUAUGUAGGUGUUGAGUUGUGGCAGGUGAAAUCGGGAACAUUGUUCGACAAUGUGUUGAUAACUGAUGACCCUGAGUAUGCUAAGAAAGUUGCUGAAGACACAUGGGGAAAACAAAAGGAUGCCGAGAAGGCUGCUUUUGAUGAGGCGGAAAAGAAGAGUGAAGAGGAGGAAUCGAAGGAUGACCCAGUUGACUCUGAUGCUGAAGAUGAAGAUGCAGGUAAUGAUGUUGACGACAAAAAUGACGGUGCUGCAGACGAUGAGCCACUGGAUGGGACAAACUACACGAGGUGGUCUAAGAAAUUGUCGGUUUUCUUCGAGCAACUUGAAGUAGACUAUGUUCUUUUCACCGGGAUGGUACUGACGAAAAUGGGCUCCACCGUCGUGUCUGGACAAAAGGGCGUACCUCAGUCCGGGUCUUCCUCCACUCCGGCCAAAUCAAUCGAAGACGAGGCCAAGAAGAAGUUUGAGAAGGACAACAAGAUCGUUCGGGGCCAUAUGUUGCAUCACAUGACAAACACAUUGUUUAAUUUGUUUGUCAAUUACAAACCGGCCAAACAAAUAUGA